AUGCAGGUGUCGUUCGCCUGCACGGAGCACAACCUGAAGAGCCGCAGCGAGGACCGGCUCUGUGGGCUGCGUCCGCGCCCCCCGCCGGGGGGGGGGCCGGGGGGCAGCGGGCCCCUGGGAUUGGCCAAAGCCAGGGAGGCGGUGGCCAUCUCGACACGCCCCCCGACACAAGGCCACGCCCACAUGAAGGAGGCCAUCGGGAGGCACAGCAGCAUGAAGUACAGGAACCUGGGGAAGUCUGGUCUACGUGUUUCAUGCCUUGGUCUGGGUACCUGGGUGACGUUUGGUUCCCAGAUCUCAGAUGAGAUGGCUGAGAGUGUGAUGAGCAUGGCGUAUGAACACGGUGUGAACCUCUUCGACACGGCGGAGGUGUACGCCUCGGGCAGGGCUGAAGUCACUCUGGGCAACAUUUUCAGAAAGAAAGGCUGGAGACGUUCCAGUUUUGUGGUGACCACCAAGAUCUACUGGGGAGGACAGGCGGAGACAGAGAGGGGCCUGUCCAGGAAACAUAUUAUCGAAGGUCUGCGGGGCUCUUUGUCCAGGCUGCAGCUGGAAUACGUGGACAUCGUCUUCGCCAAUCGCGCUGACAUCAUCAGCCCCAUGGAAGAAGUGGUGCGGGGGAUGACCUUCGUGAUCGACCAGGGCCUGGCCAUGUACUGGGGCACGUCCCGCUGGAGCGCCGUGGAGAUCAUGGAGGCAUACUCCGUGGCACGCCAGUUCAACCUGAUCCCCCCGGUGUGCGAGCAGGCUGAGUACCACUACUUCCAGAGGGACAAGGUGGAGGUGCAGCUGCCCGAACUCUACCACAAGAUCGGAGUGGGGGCGAUGACCUGGUCUCCGCUGGCCUGCGGGCUGAUCACAGGGAAGUACAACGAUGGAAUUCCACAAAGCUCCCGUGCCUCGAUGAAGGGCUACCAUUGGCUGAAGGAGCGAGUGAGCAGUGAGGAGGGGCGGAGACAGCUGGCCAAAAUCAAAGAGCUUCACAUGCUGGCAGACCGGCUGGGCUGCACUGCUGCUCAACUGGCCAUCGCCUGGUGUUUGCGCAGUGAGGGAGUUAGCUCUGUGCUCCUGGGCGUUUCUAACACCGAUCAGCUGCUGGAGAAUCUGGGAGCCCUCAGGGUCCUGUCCCAGAUGAGUCCUCAGAUGGUGAAUGAAAUAGACUGUCUCCUGGGGAACAGGCCUCAUUCCAAGAAGGAGUGUCGCGCGUGAGGGAGACAGAGAGCGCUACAGAGAGCACAGCUCUCCUUCUGUCCUCUUACCUCCCGUAUAACCUACUGCUCGCAUGUCUUUCCAACACAUUUAUCGUGUUUUACUGCACCUAAACCUACAUAUCUUGUGAAAAAUAUAUGAAAACAAAACAAUAAUUUUGCACCUCAUACCUGAGGAGAAAAGUUUUUUGUUUCUUCAAAAAUGGCUAAAAGCACAAGAAUCUUGGGUAAAAUAAACGGAUAAAUAAAUGACUUUCUGUUGUCCGUGCAGCGAAAGGGAAAUAGGAACAAGAAAGGGUGAAAAGGCCGGGGUCCGCAGGAGAAAGAUCCGGAAUGGGAGAACGGAAUG